ACCCAUUACUCCCCAUCUCCUCCUAUAUAACAAAACCUCCCCAAACUUUCAUUUCCCCAUCCCAAAAUCCCAACAAUCAAUCCACCCCAAAAUGGCAACAACAACAGAGCUCAAACUCUCUCCUCCCCUUCAAUCCAUCAAGACCCAAAAACCCAUUUCCAACACCAACUUCUUCCAUUUCCUGUCAGAUGAACUCAUCUUCAUAAUCUUGGACUUCCUUAACUCAAACCCAACUGACAGAAAAUCCUUCUCUCUAGUCUGCAAGUCCUUCUAUUCCAUAGAAUCCAAACACCGCCGCACCCUCACCCCUCUCCGCUCCGACCACCUCCCUUCAAUCCUCACCCGCUAUACAUCUCUCACCCGCCUCGAUCUCACCCUCUGCCCACGUGUCACUGACUCUUCCCUCAUCACAAUCUCCAAUGCCUGCAAGUCAAAUCUCCAAAGCAUCGAUCUUUCGCGGUCCAAAUACUUCUCCGGCGCCGGCCUACAAAGCUUGGCCGUGAAUUGUAAGAACAUGGUGGAGAUUGACUUGUCAAACGCCACCGAGCUCAAAGACUCGGCGGCUGCGGCUCUGGCCGAGGCCAAGAACUUGGAGAGGCUCUGGUUAGGAAGGUGUAAGCAGAUUACGGACAUGGGUGUUGGGUGUAUAGCUGUUGGGUGUAGGAAGCUGAAGUUGAUUAGUUUAAAGUGGUGUCUUGGUGUUGAUGACUUGGGAGUUGAGUUGCUUGCGCUAAAGUGCAAAGAUCUUCGGAGUUUGGAUCUGUCUUACUUGCCGAUCACGGAUAAGUGUUUGCCGUCGAUCUUCGAGUUACCGUAUCUUGAGGAUUUGGUUCUGGAAGGAUGCUUUGGCAUCGACGAUGACAGCCUUGCAGCCUUCAAACAUGGCUGCAAGUCGCUAAAGAAGCUUGACAUAUCAAGUUGUCAGAACAUUAGUCAUAAUGGUUUGGCUUCCCUAACUAGUGGCGGAGUUCUAGAGCAACUCGUAUUGUCACAUGGCUCUCCUGUGACUCUUGCUCUUGCUGAUAGUUUGAAAAGGCUUACAAUGUUGCAUUCUAUCAAAUUAGAUGGUUGCUCGAUUACUUAUGCUGGACUUCAAGCGAUUGGAAGCUGGUGCAUGUCAUUAAGGGACCUGAGCUUAAGUAAAUGUCCUGGGGUGACAGAUGAUGGGCUCUCCUCUCUUUUGACAAAACACAAAGAUCUGCGGAAGUUAGACAUCACGUGUUGCCGAAAGAUAACUUAUGCAUCCAUAGAUCAUAUUACAGUAUCAUGCACCGCACUUACCUCUCUUAGGAUGGAGUCAUGCACCCUGGUUCCAAGAGAAGCAUUUGUACUCAUCGGGCAAAGAUGUGGUCUUCUUGAGGAGAUUGACAUAACAGAUAAUGAAAUUGAUGAUGAAGGUUUGAAGUCAAUCUCCAGAUGUUCGGAACUCACCAGCUUAAAACUAGGAAUUUGCCUAAACAUAACUGAUGAGGGAGUUUCUCAAGUUGGCAUGGGGUGCUCGAAACUUGUAGAGCUCGAUUUGUACAGGUGCACAGGAAUAACUGAUUCAGGCAUUUCAGCCGUUGCUCGUGGUUGUCCUGGACUCGAGAUGAUUAAUAUAGCCUACUGUAAAGACAUUACUGAUAGUUCACUAAUCUCAUUGUCGAAAUGCUCAAGUUUGAACACAGUAGAAAGUCGAGGAUGUCCUCUUAUCACAUCUCUGGGUCUAGCUGCAAUUGCCGUGGGAUGCAAGCAGCUGGUCAAGCUGGACAUAAAAAAGUGUAUCAAUAUUGAUGAUGCUGGGAUGAUCCCACUUGCUCACUUCUCUCAGAACCUUAGACAGAUUAAUUUGUCGUAUACUUCUGUUACGGAUGUGGGGUUGCUCUCCCUAGCCAGCAUCAGCUGCCUGCAGAGCUUGACCAUCUUGCACUUGAAGGGCUUGACCGCUAGUGGGCUUGCAGCUGCCUUAUUGGCAUGUGGAGGGCUAACAAAAGUGAAGCUCCAAGCGACCUUCAAAUCAUUGGUGCCCCAAGCUCUUUUUGAACAUUUUGAGGCACGUGGUUGUCUGUUUCAGUGGAGAGAUAAAUUUUUCCGGGCGGAACUUGACCCUCAGUGUUGGAAAUUACAGUUGGAAGAUGCCAUACCGUGAGUUCUGUUCCUUUAGGUUGAGUGAGAUGCAGCUCUGUUUAAACUCCUCAAUAAGGUUCCAGUUUUUUGCUUACCUGAAGAUGCGGGACUACUUAUACUGUGAAUACAACGUAGCAGUCGAUAUCCGUUUUCUUGCCUGGGCGCUUUCGUUUUGUAUUCUCUUCCAUCAGAAACCUCAAAACAUGGAGAAAAUAUGGUUUUUAGUGAACAGGAUU